AUGGCAGUCGACGACAUCAAACCGACCAAGAGACGCAUGACCCUCCCAACGACCCCCGGAAGAGAAGACCCAAUCUACAUCUCGGUGGAGAAACCAUGCUCGGAUCCCGCUCACGGCGCGGCCUUCAUCCUCAUUCAUGGAUUGGGAGACACAGCCGAGGGAUUAGAAGGCAAGGAGAAUCACUUUUCCACAGACAUCCACAGCACAGAUCACUGACCGUGGUGAUAUAGAUAUCCCGAAACAGUUCCAAGCCCUCCACAAACUGCCCUACAUGCACUGGAUCCUCCCCAACGCCAUCGAACACCGCGAAGCAAUGACGACAGCCUGGUUUACCCCCAACAGUUUCAACUACCCAGCCGAUCGACCCGAACUGGCACCCGAGGAAGACGAACAGGGCCUGCUCAACUCGGUCAAAUACAUCGAAUCCCUCAUCGACGCGUGUGUGAGGAAAGGUAUCCCGCCGCAAAGGAUUGUGCUGGGAGGAUUCUCGCAGGGUGCUGCGCUGUCCUUGCUUCUUGACUUGACGUCGAAGAAGUAUGCUGGUCGGCUUGGUGGGGUGGUGGGAUUGAUGGGAUACCUUCCACUGGCGGGAGGGAGGAAAUUGGAGGAUUUGAGGGCCAAGGAGGGAUUGCCGCCUGUGCAUGGGGAUGUUCCUGUUCUGUUGGCGAGGGGUUCGAAGGAUCAGAUGAUCCCGAAGAAAGUCUGGGAGAAGACGAAGCAGAGAUUGAGUGAGUUGGGGUUGGGAGAGGGGUAUUUGGAGGUGAAGGAGUAUGAGGGAUUGGGGCACCAGCUGGCGGGACCGGUGCUGAAGGACGUUUGCGCUUUCGUGGAGAGAUAUGUGCCCGCUUUGGAGGAUUGA